GAGGGGCAUGUUUCUACUUUAACAAUGAUUGAUGGAGGUUGGGUUUUUUGCUUUUGUUUUGGCGAGUCUCUGCUUUUACAUUGCUAUGUGGUAUCAUAAGUGAUAGGUGAUUUCCCUUGUGGAGUGGGGGGUGGGGUUCCAAAGAGGAAAUCAUCCACUAUGAAUGCUUUGGGUGUGAUUCAGUACUCUGUAAAGUCAAUGAAAAGACUCCCAUUCAUCUCAGUGUCAAUUGGAUUGGAUCCUUAAAAUGGCUUUUCUUGGGGAAACAAGAAAGAUUAAAAAUAGAUUUAAAAAAAAAUAAAAAACAAGACGGAUUAAAAAUAGAAUGAAAAGUUUUGACUUUUAAGCUGCUAGUUCAGGUCUAGUAAAGGCUGGUAGGGAAUAAAAGUCGUAACUGUUUGGGAACCUUUUGGCCUUUUUGAAGAUAGGCUAGUAUGAUUUGUGGUGGAAAAGCAUCAAACCCUACUUUCCAGCUUUUCUUGUGCUGUUUUCAAGGUUGCUUUGAAGACUGUUUGUUGGCUCUGUUAAUAUCUUUGGAAAUGGUGAUUUGUAUUGGACAUGGAACUUUUGUAACUCUUGGAAAGGAUUUCUAAAUGUAUUGUCUACAGAACUAACCGUGGGUAUUUUUAGAGUCCAAAAUGUGAACUAAUUCACUAAUUGAGAAAUUAACUGUUUUUUCUUCUUCUUUCAGCGCUACAACUUGUUGUGAAGCAUUUACAGCUGCUCCACUUGUGCAUAUUUUCAAACAGGCAGGAUCUUUUGAAAACGAUACCUCAUGUUAUAUUAUUUAAAUGGCUAUCCAUACAAGGCUGAGUGUAAAAAUGAAAAUGCUGACAGAUACCUCCUAUUUUAAUGGGCAAGUCAUCCCCAGCCUGUCUAGCAGCCUGCCUGGGGUCGCCAAUAGUGCAAGGAUGGUGACAACUUUCACCACCUUCCACCUGUUCCUGCUCCUAACUCAAGCAACACCAGAGCCGAGCGCUGAGGAGGACCCACUACAUCGGAACUCUGUGCUCCGGAUGAUUGAAAUCUGGGCGAAUGCCACCGGCCCGCAUCCAGAGGGGGUAACCGCUUGCAUCCCGAAGCCUGCAGCAAUCGAGGACAAUGUUCUAGAGGCGUAUGUUACUCCCCUUAAUAUCGCAAAAUGGUUUUCAGAGAUACGAGGACCAUUGUGCGGAGCCUCUAUUUGUAGAGUCAAUGGUCCCAUACCUUGCCCAGGUUGCCAAGUAGUUUCUUUUCCCGACUAUACACGCAUGAGGGGGAAUAAAAUGGCGGCGUACUACUGGCCGUCAGGUCAGAUAACGGAGAAAAACAUCUCUAGCCUAAACUGUAGGAGUUGGGGACUAGGGAGUAACAAAGCAGAGCCAACUGAUUGUCAUCGUAUCCCCUGGGGGGCUUGAAAGUGGGGCACCGAUGAAGAUCAAGUGCAAUUCCUACCAUGGCAAGGUCUCCAACCUUCAUGGUUCCUUUUCCUUAAUAGCACUCCCAUGCCAGAGGGAGGGUGGAAUGUAAGCAGAGGGGUAAAUCUCACUCUUUUCGACGGGACACAUCAGCUGUUAAGUGCCUUCUUCCCACUGAGACAAGCGGAAGUGCGGCAUUUAGAAAGCCGCAACCUAACACACCCCUACUGCACACCUAAAAUCCAGGCCCUUUGGUGUCGUAGAAAGGGGCUACCGACCAACGCGCCCCGAGGACUCAUGUGGGCAUGUAACAACGAUGUACUAUAUACUGCUCUACCUGCUCGCUUUGAUGGGGCUUGCUUUAUUGCCAGCGUAGAACUCUGCCCACCUCUUGCUACAAACACUUCCAACCCAUACCCUCCCUGGUUCGCACACACUGAGGCCAGGGGAAAACGCUCCACUACCACUUGGUCCAGAAUGACCUAUAGCCAACAAGUAGGCAAACGUUUUGAAUGGGCAAUGGAAGGGUUGUUCCUUUGGUAUGUAGGAAUCAUGAGAGCUCGGGAGGCCAUUGUAAAAUUAGCAGAGGAAGUAGAAAUAGGCUUCAAUGCCACCAAUGAAGCUCUAUUCCUGCUAAACAAGCAGUUACAAGAAACCUCAAGGAUGACUAUGCAAAAUCGACUUGCCCUCCAUGCUAUGUUACUUCAUAAUGGAGGAGCAUGCAAAUAUCUAAAUUUAUCUGAUGAGUAUUGCUGUAUUUCAAUUCCUAAUGUGACCGUACCGCUAACGGCUCAACUGGAGUUAAUUAAAAAGGCCGCUAAAGGUGCUAAUGCCAUAGCGAAAGUAAGCAGUGGUUGGCUCGCGGACCUUUUUUUCCAGUUUUGGUUGGAGUUUUUCCUCAUUAGCAAUGUGCAUACUCACCCCAUUAUUAACCCUGUGAAUACCUCUAUUCAGUUGUUUAUUGUGUGUUUGUGUAGGAUGUUGUGUCGUUGAUUCAGUCAAAAAGAAAGUCAUAACACUAUCAGCCUUAGUCUACGCUCAAAUACCUAAUCCUUCCGAAGACAAGGACUUUGAGUAUGUGUCUAUGACCAGUAUUAGAUAAAUUAAUGAUGUAUUCGUGUUCAAUCAUAUAACAAUCUGGCAGUAGUCAAGGGGGCAUGUCAGGAGGUGAUGUGACUCCACCAGAUUGCUGUUUGAGACAUUAAGUGACAUGGCUACCUGUGAGUGACAUUCGGUGACGCAGUGGCGGAGGAAUGUGACCUUAAGAGGCACCAUCAUGCGGACAAUGCGUGAUCGCUUAUAGCCUAACCAAUCAGAAGUUACCCCUAGAGCGUGGCUGGCUGGACCAGCAUGCUGAGGCCUCCAGAAUGUUCCAUCAAGGGGGGACCCUGAUUGGCUAGGGAGUUUAUAAAGGGGACUGCGCGCCUCGGCGUGGGGUCCCCAGACGCUCCCAGACUCCAGUCCUUGGGAUCAGAUCUCAAAGACAGCCUGAUCACCUGUCUUGCGGUCUGGACAGACCCCUCGGCUUCUAGCUAGAUUUCUAGCGUAGGCUGCUACAGCUUAUAGUUAGACCACACGCAAUCCGGAACGCCCUGGGUGUUGCCCAGCCAGGCAUCCUACUUGUACUGCUAUUACUUUCGGCUGCAGUCGACCUCCACGACUACACCUUACUUGUCACUCGCCGCUACCAUCAUUUGUUCGUCUUUUCUACCCGCACCACGUCGUCUGUAUCCACCUGCUACUGUACAUAGUCCUUGUAGUUAGUUCCUGUAUUCACCAAGUUACUUCAACUCGUUAAUCGUCUUGUUGGCUUGUAAGUAAACUUAUAACUUUUCUUCACCUACCGUUUGUCUCAGUGUCGCGCUCA